AUGUAUUUAGGGUUUAGACUCCAAUCCUAUAGAGCUCAUUUAAGAUGUUCCGGCUUCAUUGAAGAAGCAGUUCCUUUGGAAACCACAGAAUGUACGGACGAAACAAUCACUCAACUCUUAACGCUAGAACCGCCGGAGGAAUCAGGUAAAGACUCGGUCGACGAGUUGCUUUUGAAAAGGGACGACGUUUCAAGAUUAAUGAAAAUGGAACGCAGGUCUGAUUUGGAUAGUAAAGACCAGUUUAACCAAUCGGGACGUUGGUUUCCAUAUCUCGAUAAAUUUGAUGCAGGAAGUAUGCAUUUGAGUAGCGGUGAAGUGUUGGAAGCGCUCGAUCCGCCUAUUGGUCAGUCUGAUGAAGUUUUAAGGCUAUACUCAUAUGUAAGGCAUCAAACAGUCGGGACUCGUAGUUCAGCCAUUGUAUUCGGUUUGAAAAGCUAUAUUGAGUUGGGUGACUUAGAAUUUGGAAGAGGUAUUCAUACUGAUGCUCUCAAGUUUGGAUUAAAUAUCAAUUGGUUUGUGGGAUCGUCUCUAAUAGGGCUGUAUUCAAGAUGUGGUGAUAUUGAGGAAGCAGCUAAAGCAUUUGAUGAAACAAUUGAGAAAGAUAUUGUUGCUUAUAAGUCUUUGAUUACGGGCUAUGCUCAAGUUGGUGAUCACCGAACAUAUGAGGCUUUUAGAGUUGCUUAUCAUAUGCAGAAGGAAGAAAUAUAUCCUAAUGGGGUGACACUAGCGUGCUUACUUCAGGCAGCGUCAGAGUUAGGAGCAUUAGAAGAGGGUCAAUCAAUUCAUGGGUAUGCUAUUAGAAGAGGAAUUGGUUGUUCAGAUGAAGUAUUUGAAACAAGUCUGAUGGACAUGUAUAACAAGUGUGGGCCACCAAAUAUGGCGGCCACAUUUUUUGGCAGAAUGGGCUCGAGGACGGUGGGUUGCUGGAAUGCUUUGAUUUCUCGUCAUCUUUAGUUGGGGCAGCC